AUGAUCGUCCGGACUCUUCGAGCCAUCGUCGUCGUGUCGCCACAAGCGCGCGCCUCGUACCUGGCCCUGUAUAGCACCAGCCAACACCGCCGUGCCUUGUCCUCAUACGGCCCGCGUCGGUCUUCGUACAACCGCUCAGACUUCACCGGCCAGGGCUUCUCUUCCACCUAUGAACCCGACCAGCCGACCCGAGGCCCCCUGGGCGGUACCAGCAACGUCGGCUCAACCCACAUCACGCCCAAGGCGCUCAGGCAGCACCUCGACCAGUUUGUCGUCGACCAGGACCGUGCCAAGGUGGUGUUGAGUGUCGCCGUCCAUGAACACUAUCUGCGGAUACAAGAGAUUCAACGACAGCGGGAUGAACAGGCUCGGCUGGAGGCACAGGCACAGCGGAGGGCAUCGGCGUCCAGACAUCCUGUAGAAGACGAGUUCCCAGGUCAACAGCCGACGGUCGAACUGUAUGGCUAUGGCGAACACGGUGCAUAUAACGAGGCGCCUGCCUACAAUCAGACCUCAUCUACACCCUUCGAUCCCGAGUCGCUCGAUGCCGGCCCACACCAGUUACAGAUUGAAAAGUCCAAUGUGCUUAUACUGGGCCCCACGGGUGUCGGCAAGACCCUGAUGUGCAAGACGCUUGCAAAGACACUGGGCAUACCCAUCUCCAUGUCGGACUGUACCACCUUCACACAGGCAGGCUAUAUUGGCGAUGAUGUCGAGCAGUGUGUUGCUCGUCUGUUCUCCGCGUCAGGAUACGAUCUAGAGGCCACAGAACAGGGCAUCAUCGUUCUCGAUGAGAUAGACAAGAUCGCAGGCGCCAAACUCUCCUACGGUAAAGACGUUGGCGGCGAAGGGGUCCAGCAAGCCUUGCUGAAGAUCAUCGAGGGCACAACUGUGCAGGUUCAAGCCAAACCGGAGAGGAGUUCUACCAGACCUGGUGGCGCUUCAGGAAGAGGUAGUCCUGUGGACAUGUACCAAUCUCCGACACCGCCACCACCACCACCAGGAGGAGCCAAAGGUGAAGUGUUCAACAUACGCACAGACAACAUCCUCUUCAUAUGUACCGGCGCCUUCUCCAACUUACAUAAGAUCAUCCUAGACCGCAAGUCAAUGGGCAGCAUGGGCUUUGGUGCUUCCAUACGGUCCUCCAAUGCACACGCCGCCGCCGAUGGAGUGAUGCUUACUGGUGCAGAAGCCGCAGCCUUCACCAAAGACGCCCCCUUCUUUGUCCCUCAGGAAACAGAACCAUCCAACCCAUUCGCCCCGAGACCGCUGAGACGCGAGGCCAAAGUAAAUGUGCUAGAUCAUGUUCAACCGGCAGAUCUUCAAAAGUACGGCAUGAUUCCCGAGUUGAUAGGGCGCAUACCGACUGUCUGCGCCGUCUCAGCUCUCGACGAAGGGGCGCUCGUCCGUGUGCUCACAGAGCCAAAGGACUCCUUGGUAAGACAAGAAGAACACAAGGCCCAUCUCCGGAACAUGGAACUGCGCUUCACGACCGGGGCAUUGCGAGAAAUCGCGCGCAAAGCCAGUAAGAUGGGCACUGGCGCACGAGGACUUCGACACGUCGUCGACCAACUGUUGCUGCAAGCCAAGUAUGAGACACCUGGCUCCAGCGUAAAACACAUUCUCGUUACGCAAGACGUUGCCCUUCUUAAACGCGCACCCCUGUACUUUCACCGCGGCCAAUCCGCAGCCUUCCAAGCCGCACAUGCCCAGGAGGAAGAGAAAUGGGAAGAGGAGCUGCGAAGCAACGAGGAUCCGUCGAUUGGCACAUUCGAGGAAUACCGGAAGGCGGGUGCUGCAGGCUUUUAG